ACGUUUUAUUUUCAUUUAAGUAGUUAUUGCUAUUAUCGUUGAAACAUGGUUUUAAUGCCAAGAGAAUCAGCAAAAUUAAUUGCCACUCUGUCGAAAGAUGUUUUUAUUGAAGACGAAGGUGUGAAAAAUCUCACUUACACGAUUUUAGAAGGUAUCAAAAAUCAAAAAAUUCAUAUAAAUAAUUUUUCACAACAUGAAUUUCAUCCCAAACCAGAUGACCCUAGAGCCAUUGAUUGGAUAUUUUUGUUAGAUGUAUUAAAUUUUUCAUUUUGGACAGAACAAAAUAUUAAUAAAUGGAAGGUCAACGGACAAACUGGAUAUUUUGCAUUGUGUGCUGCGGUUAAGAGAGCUGUAGAUGAAGGUAAACCUAUAAUAGAUCCUAAGUACUAUUCGAAAGUAACUCAAAAUGAGCUUGAAGUAAUUUUUCGAGGUGAUGAUAAUCAUACCAGUAUUCCUCUUAUAAAUGAAAGAGUAAGGAAUCUGCAUCAGGCUGGACAAGUAUUAUUAAAAAAAUAUCAAGGUACAUUUGUCGAAUGCGUAAAAUCCUGCUCAGGCUCGGCAGAGAAAUUAUUAAGACUUAUUAUCAAUGAUUUUGAUUCUUUUCGAGAUGAAGCAGAUUACAAAGGAUAUAAGGUUAGUUUUUAUAAAAGAGCUCAAAUUUUAAUCGGAGAUAUUUGGGCUUGCUUUAAAGGACACGAUUAUGGUCGUUUUAAUGAUAUCGAUUACAUUACCAUGUUUGCCGAUUAUCGAAUUCCUCAGGUUCUUAUCCAUUUUGGUGCUAUCAGAUAUAGUAAUCCCUUGUUAAGCAAACUUCAAUCGAAUUUAGAAUUGGAAUCGGGAAGUCCGGAAGAAGUAGAAAUCCGUGGCUGUUCGAUAGAUGUUAUUGAGCGUGUAAAUAAUGAAGUUAGAAAAUUAAUUGGUUCUUAUCCAGAGUUAAAUUUGAGGGAACCUGAUAUUAAUAAUACCUUAAUCGAUCAUUUUUUGUGGGACUAUCGUCGACAACAUGCUGAAGAAUUAGAAAGCAUACCAUUUCAUAAAACUAGAUGUAUAUAUUAUUAAUUUCCUUCUGACUAUACUCAUUUUUUUUUAUUUUUAUGAAUUAAACUUAUUUUAUAUUUAAUCAAAUUAUCAUAUUCAAAUUUAGAAUAUAUUUCAAUGAAGUGCAGUAUAUUGUAAAAAAAAAAAAGAAAAAAAAAGAAGGAGAAAAGACAAAAAAAUUGAAGCGCGUGAAAAUGUACUUACUAAUAUUUGAUACAAAGAAAUACAUUCAGUGAUACAAGAAAUCAUAGUAAAUGAUAAAAA